UGUCAAUCUGGCAACCCGGAGAACCAGCUACGGUAUGAGCCUUUAAUGCCAGAGUGCUUCACUUCCAGUGUGCGCUCACCUCAGAGCUGAGACUCGUCAUAGAGAGGAUGUCGGAUGAGAAUAGACUCGGAUAAAACAGGAUUAUUCUCUCGGAUAUUUAAAGAAUAAUAAAUAAAUAAAUAAAUAAAUAAAUAAAUACAGGGUUCGAUUCGGAUUUCCACCUGAGACCUUGACAGUGAAGAGUGAAGAAAAUGCCAGAGAAAAAAGCGUUUCAGCAGCAGGCCGUACACGGCUCCCUGGAGCAGCAGCAGCAGCCCAAGCCUCACGCCCAGAGCGGUCCGAUCCUGUGCCAGAACUGCGGCCAGGCCUGCAAGGGCGAGGUGCUGCGCGUGCAGAACAAACACUUCCACAUCAAGUGCUUCAUCUGCAAAGUAUGUGGCUGUGACCUGGCUCAGGGAGGCUUCUUCGUGCGGCAGGGCGAGUUCAUCUGCACCCUGGACUACCAGCGUCUCUAUGGUACACGCUGCUUCAGCUGCGAGCAGUUCAUCGAGGGCGAGGUGGUGUCCGCGCUCGGCAAGACGUAUCACCCACGAUGCUUUGUGUGUGCUGUUUGCAAACAGCCAUUUCCUGCAGGCGACCGCGUGACGUUUAACGGGAAAGAGUGCAUCUGUCAGAAAUGCACCCAGCCUCCGCCUGCCAACAGCUCAGCACCCGCUCAGGCUGUCCACAAUUGCUGUGGCUGUGGGAAGGAGUUUAAGAACGAGCAGUCGCUGGUGGCUCUGGACAAACACUGGCACCUGGGCUGCUUCAAGUGCAGAGUGUGCAACAAAGUGCUCAAUGCCGAGUACAUCAGCAAGGAUGGAAUUCCGUACUGCGAGAUGGACUACCACGCCAUGUUUGGCAUCCAGUGUGAGAGCUGCAAGAAGUACAUCACAGGGAAAGUGCUGGAGGCUGGAGAUAAACAGUACCAUCCGGCAUGUGCCAGAUGUGUGCGCUGUGAGCAGAUGUUCGGAGAAGGGGAGGAGAUGUACCUGCAAGGUUCUUCCAUGUGGCACCCUGCUUGCAGACAGGCAGCUCGAAUGGAGGAGAAAAGUAAGGUGACCAGGACGUCCUCCGAGAGCAUCACUUCGGUUCCUCCAUCCAGUGCGUCUGGAUCUCCGAGCAGAGUCAUCUAUGCAAAGCUGGGCGACGAGUUGCUGGAUUAUAAAGACCUCGCGGCUCUUCCUAAGAUAAAGGCCAUCUAUAACAUCGACAGGCCCGACAUGCUCUCAUACUCGCCUUAUGUCAGCUACCCGGCAGAGGACAGGACCUAUGUAGAGUCCCCGCAGUUCCUCACCCCGACUCCGACAGAGGGAGAUGGGGAAAAAUCACCCCGUCAGAGAAGACCCUCCAGCCCCAGCUCUAACAGCUCUCUGGGCGGUUAUGGCCGCUAUACACCGUCCCGCUCUCCACAGACCUACAGCAGACCAGAACAAUAUGAGAGCAGUAGGUACACCCUACAACCAGGGAAUUCCAACCAUAUUGGAUAUUCUGGCCAGGGGACACCCAGAGACUCGUCUUCACUGCCCUUGUACUGCAAUAGUUGUGGUAGAAGUACCCCACAGAGUCUUUCCCUGAACCCCACCACCCUGGCCAUGCUCCAGCAGCACAACUACAUCCCAUACUUCAGAGGCAGUGAAAGUGGUCGUAGCACCCCGAGCAUCUCCACCUACUCUGAUGGCAAAUCUCCGUCCUCUACAUACGUGGCUGCACCUAAGCAUUUCCACAUCCCAGCCUCCAGAACCUCCUGGCAAGAUGGAGAUGAUGUGGACAGAAAGACCAGAACCAGUUGGACGCUUCUGAAGAGUCAGAGUGAGGGACAGUCGCCGGACAUUGACCCCAGGACUUCCACUCACAGCCUGCCCACGGACAUGUCUCAGCCCAGUUUCCCCUACAAUAAGUCUGCUUCACUCCCAGGCUACGGGCACAACGGCAUCUACAAGGCGGCUGAUCUUGGAGAGGAUGAGCACGACUCCAACUGGGGGGCGAUGAGAGAGUACAAGGUGUACCCGUAUGACAUGCUGGCUGUGACACACAGAGUCAGGGUGAAGCUGCCGCGUGAUGUGGACCGCACCAGGCUAGAGAGGCACCUGUCUCCAGACGAGUUCUUCCAGGUGUUCGGGAUGACCAUUGCACAGUUCGAUCGCUUGGCUCUGUGGAAGAAAAAUGACCUGAAGAAAAAAGCCCGCUUGUUCUAAUAACCACCACCUCCAUCGACACAACCGACCCCACCACCCUCGUUACGCCCCCGAGUGAACUGAGAGCGGAGAGAAACGAGGAAUGUUUCCUCAAUCAGUCGACGUAUAUGCCGAGAUGAGAGAAAGAGUGAACUAUAUAUAUAAAUAUAUACAUACACGCACUUCCUUUCUGCUGCGCUGCGUACCCGCUGUCAUUACGCUGGAGGAAGGAGGAGUGUGUUAUAUACGCCGUCGCUCACAGCCUCAGUGUUAGCCAUGAUAGCUUUCUGUGUGACGAGUUCCACAUUAUAUCUGUUCUGAUGGGGAAAGAAAACAAUCUACAGUGUGUACGUCUCUCCUGUUCCCUGUUCCCGCUCACGUUUCAGACAACUGCAAUAAGGAUCUAUAUGUGAGGUAUAUAAGCUGUAUGGAUUUCGAUGGAACUGUUGCUGUGUGUGUGUGUGUGUGUGUGUGUGUGUGUUUGCUAUGGAAAUCCCUCCAUGUCCGUUUUUAUUCAAUAAUUACCAUUUGUUUUUCUCUGUUUUUCAAUUCCAUACAGGAUUUUGCAAAAAAAAAAAAAAAAAACAACAACCAGGAUUUAAAUUUUUUAGUGCGAUCGAUUUUGCUGCGGCUUUUUAAAAAAAAUUUGCGCCGCAUCUUGCGGAGUUUUUUGUGCUUUUUUUUUUUUUUUUUUGGUGGAAAACUACUCGGAUCGCACAUAACUGUUUUGUACGGUCUUUCACAGCGAUGUUUGUCGGUAAAUCAGACCUCUUAGCUGUACAUGUGAAUCGAAGAGGGUUUCGUCUGAACGCCCGAAUCUGCGGAAAAUCUGCGCUGAUUUUGGAAAAUCGCACGCUCCUCCGAAUAUUGUAGCGUUUGCUUGGUUUUGAGUUCAUUUCUGCGAUCGCAAACUCAUUAAAUCCUGCCGGGACUGGUACUCUAUUUACAAGCGUUAGCUUUAGAUCCAUUGACAUACAGACAUGUUCGUCUGUUAAAGCUAUAACACUGACUCAAUAUACCGUAUACGUCACUCAUCACAGUUAACUGGCUAGCUUGUUGCUAACAAAAGACAAAACGAAGAGGCGUCCAUCCCCCCCCCCCCCACACACACACACUUCAUAUGUGGUAAAAAAAAUGGCAUCAUUCCAACCUGCAAACGAACAGUUACGAGGAAAGUCGAACGCGUCGUCACGGCACAGCCAUGUUGUACUAUUAGCCACACCCACAAAGCUCACGGAGAGCUGAAAACGACAAGACGGUGAUUAAACGCUGAGAGCACAUGACGAAAGUGCGGCGUGAGCUACAUCUUCCAAUACUGCAGCUCAGCCAAUGCGGCGCGUCAGCUACUACAGACACGUGUAAACACCACCUUCUUUUCUUUUACAGGGUGCCAUUACUUUUCUUCUAUCGGAAUGCCUAGUCCGGUUUUUUUUCGUCUUCAUUUACGGAUCUUUCAAAUCAUUAACGUCAAACAAAAGCGUCUGGUUCAGCUGACGUGCGAGUGAGGUCAGUUUAAACUCGACAGCGUGGACCAUAAAUAUUUAAAAUCUCAGAAACAAAUCUCAUCGACAGUUUUAAGGUUUUAUCUAUUUCCUUUAGAUGGAAAUAUACACAAACGUAGGAUACGAAAGGGUUUUUUUUUCUUCUUCAGAAUAAUUGGAUUUUUGUGUAAAUGCACCUAUGAACAAUUUACGAAUGAAGUUGUUCGUCUCCAGGACCGUUAAUGGGCCCCGAUGCCAAUAAAGAACCGCGUGUGCCAUGCGUUAUUACACGUAUAUGUACACGUCUAUAACAGGUGGCAUAAAUUCAACAGAAAAUAUCAUUAAAUCAUUCACUGCAAUUGUUUUUCUGACAGUUGAAUGACCGCGACAGGGUUGUACGCCGACAUACUCCGCCUCUGUGACACCUGGUCCUACGUUAGAUAUUUAUCACGCUAGCUAAGGUUUAUUAGACGCCUACUAGCGUGAGUUCAGUGAGUCAGCCAUCAUCUAACAAAGCACCGUCUACCGCAUACGUUUUCUUGUUUUCUGAAUGUUUUGUACUUGAUUUUUGCCACGAAACUCAUUAAACUCUUCAUCAUCGCAGAAAGAGACACGCCAAGGUUACUUUCAACUGUAACUUUACACUCAUAUACAUAUAUAUAUAUGUGUGUGUGUGUGUGUGUGUGUGUGUAACAAUAAGCAUUUGUGAAGCGGUUCAGUGAUGCGUCACUGCAAACCAAACGCUGCAUUUUUGCGUUCUCUGUUUCCGAGUAAAUGUGUGUACAUUUAUGAAAUAUAAAAAUAGUUAGCGCAUGAUAUGCUGAUGAAGUAUCAUUAGGAGUUCGGGCGGGAUUGUACUCGCCCAUCCUUUCGUAAAUGGGUGGUUGUUUUUUUUGCUUUAAAUUAAUUCAGAAAUCGGAUUUACGAAAAGCCUUAAUCACGUCGGUGCGAAUUGAGGAGUUAAGUAAUAAACUCUCCAUUGUUCAUCGUUCACAAAAUUUCAAAAGUGCAUAUGCAUGAGCGUUUACGUCUAAAUGAACAUCAAACUGUAGCUUAAAGUAAAUUUAGGAUUCAUUAAAAUGCCUUUAGGGUGAAGGUUCAAAUCAUGUAAGGAUUGAUAAAGACUAUCUUGGCCAUUAUUUUGUGGGAAUUAUUAUUAUUAUUAUUAUUAUUUUAUUUUUUUUUGGUGUUUCUUUCUUUCUUUUUUUUUAAAGGUGCAGUUUGUAAUGUUUAAAAAAAAUGUGUCUGGACCUGUAAUAAUCGUAUACCUUUAGAGGUAACCUGAGUAAACAUUUCAUUCAGAAUAUUACCUUUUAAAAUCUAUUUCAUUUUAUUUUUUAAGCCUAGUGUUUUCAUUGUUCUGGCCCUGAAAUUAGCUCCAAGAAAGUAUUGCUCAGCCCCACCUCGUUUUGUUUGUUUGUUUUUUUUCCUUAAAAGGCACCGUGCAUGGCUAAAGUGGUGGGAAUGUUUUUGAUUUACAGCCUUGUAAUGCAACAUAGCUGGCUAGGUUUAAAAAUAAAUAAAUAAACAAUCAAAAAGCUAUCUUUUCGAAUGAAAAAAUAUAUUACUCUUUUCAUUUUUCUGUCCCUGAAAUAAGCUUCAAACCAGUGCUGCUCAGCCUCGCUGCUUUUUUUCCAUAAAAAAAGGCACCUCACAUGCCCUAAGUGGUCAGUUCUGUUUUUAUUAAAAGUGCAGUUCACCACACAAGCAGCAGAGGGCUCUGAAAAUGACAGACUGCUCCUUUAAAUGAUGUCUAUGGUGGGGAUUUUUUUUUUUCGAUAUCAUGAUCUUUACAUUUGAAUAUAUUUUACUGCAAAGCAAUAGAAUAUGUCAUCACAUUUAUGUAACAUUAUGAGUGCAUACGCGUAAUCAUUUGAAAAACUUAUGUUUAUGAAGUGUCUUGUCAUGGCCAAAUUUUUCCUCUCACGGGGUAGGGCGUAUAUAUUUUUGUCAUUUCCGUGAAUAAAUUUGUGCAGGAAAGGUUCCUUGAUGGACCACGCUGUGUUGGGUUGCAUGGAAAUUUUGCUUUAUUUGAACAGUUGUUGGAGUUUGUGUGUGUGUGUAUGUGUGUGUGUGUGUGUGUGUGUGUGUGUGAAAUAAGUCAAAUACAGAUGUUCAGUCUGCUUUUCUGUCUCUUUACUCUUGAUAAAACAGUGAAAAAGUGGAAAUCAGGACCCUCAAGAGCUCGGCUCAUAACUCCGCUCGCGUUCCUGUCAGCCAGGCAGGGAUGUAAUCAGCAUUUCUAUUUGUUUUUUUUUUUUUUUUUUUUUUUUUUUUUGGGACUGUGUGAUUAUAAAAUAUUGGCUCAUAAAACUAUUUAAACAGUAUCAGUGAAAGGAGAAGAGCUGCAUUACUGAUUAUGAUUCAUACUUUUUGGACUGAUUGAGAUUAUCCAGACCAUGUUCAUGUUUUUCAUUUAUAUCUCCUGCCUUUUUGUUUCCUUCUGGUUUAUAAACAUGUCUUUGUGUUGUUAUACACAGUGAAUGUAACACGAAAGCUCCAGACACUCAGAUGCCAAUUACACAAUUUUGUGCGUGUAUGUGUGUGUGUGUGUGUGUGUGUGUGUGUGUGUGUGUGUGUGUGUUUUAUUGAACUAACAAUUGCAUAACCACAGAUACGUCUUUAGGCCAAUGCUGUGAUUUUGAUGUACUUGUGGCUGUGCAGCGGUUUAAGAAAUAUGAAGGUUUAAUACAAUAUUGUUACUUAAACCUUUGUUUUUCUUUUUCUCUUCAUUUGCUUUGCCGGAUUGCAAAAAACAAGAUGUUUAUCUGUCAAUAAAUGUGUCAUACAGCUGGA